GAUUGCGGCGGAAAUCGCCCGCCGGUGCCAUGUUCAGCACCGGAGUUUCGUUUUGGUGGUUCGACUCCGAAGUUGGGAUUUGUAGACUUCGCGGCGUCUGAUUUUGGAGAUAAGAGCUUGCAGAUACGAGGUGCGGGAGCGAAUCGCGUUUUUGUGCUUCACCCGGUGACGGUAAUGGAGGGUUCCAAAACGUCGUGCGUAAAUGGAAAAGCCGAUUUUGCUCGGGAACUGCGCAAUUCUGGCUCCAAAUCAAGCGAUAGCCUGUUGCUAAGUGAUCCUCGUAGUGCAUUCGCCGAGGUCAGACACUGGAAAUUCAAAAAAUAUUGUCUGCACAAGUGUUCUGUUGACAAAAUUGACAGGCAGGAAUUACUUCAACAAAAAGGUUGCGUCAUAUGGAUAACAGGCCUCAGCGGUUCAGGUUGUAUGUUCUAUGUAACUUUCAAUUGGCAAUCCCUACUUGAUAUCAUCUUUGUUUGGACCUUGGAGCAAUCAACCCUUCACGGAUUAGGAUACUACAAAACUACAGUUUUC